CUGAAUUGGAACGGUCUGGUGCGAUCGCGACAGUCAAAUCAGAAAAAUCAUACGAUAGCUUGUUGCAAUUUAUAAAGAAGCGUUUUUCGUUGUUACAAUGUUACAGUACGUAAGUGUUUGAAGCCUUGAAAUUGGUUAUUUCUUUAAAAUUAAAAAUAGUUCUAAUUUGGGAUACUACGUGUGCACUAAAUAGAUUUUUUUACCAAAAACUCAUCUAUGGAAUAAUUAACUAAUUUAGCUGGCUAGUGGUGAGCCCGUGUGUAUGCGUGUUUCUCUCAACAAGUUCUUUCUAUACAGCAUACAUGCCUCAUUGAUAUCGCAUGAUCAAUAGUGCUGUGUUGUGCAUGGCAGCCAUAAACUCGUCGUUCGCUAGCAGUCAUCAAUACCAGUGCGAUUGUAUUUGUGGGUGUGAAGUAGCACACAGAAGCACCAGAACCAGUUAGUCCGCUGUAUUAUUUUCUCUCGUUCAUUACUCAGCACCGUCCCCCCACCAUCAUGUCCCACCGAGCCCCUGGAAACACGGGCAUGGAGGCCCUGAUCCCCAUCGUCAACAAACUGCAGGAUGCCUUUAGCCAGAUGGGAUCGGCCCUCACACUGGACCUGCCACAGAUUGCCGUGGUUGGUGGCCAGAGUGCAGGCAAGAGUAGUGUGCUGGAGAAUUUUGUGGGUCGGGAUUUUCUUCCGCGCGGCUCGGGUAUCGUCACUCGCCGACCUUUGAUUCUGCAACUACAGCAUUCCAACGUGGAAUAUGGAGAAUUCCUUCAUCAGAAGGGGCGAAAAUAUACGGAUUUCGAUGCGAUAAGGAAAGAAAUCGAAGAUGAGACAGAUCGCGUUACUGGCAGUUCGAAAAAUAUUUCAUCUCUGCCCAUUAAUCUUCGCGUAUUUUCUCCUCAUGUAUUAAAUUUGACUCUGAUUGAUCUUCCCGGGAUGACGCGAGUGCCCGUUGGUGAUCAGCCGCCUGACAUUGAAAUGCAGAUCCGUGAAAUGAUUAUGCAGUUUGUCAAACGAGAGAAUUGUCUCAUUCUGGCCGUCUCGCCGGCCAAUUCCGAUCUGGCCAAUUCGGACGCGCUGAAAGUGGCCAAGGAAGUCGAUCCGCAGGGACUGCGCACCAUCGGCGUCAUCACCAAACUGGACUUGAUGGACGAAGGCACCGAUGCGCGGGAUAUUUUGGAGAACAAACUGCUCCCGCUGCGCCGCGGUUAUGUGGGAGUGGUAAAUCGCAGUCAGAAGGAUAUUGACGGCCGCAAGGACAUUAAGGCCGCGCUGGAAGCAGAGCGCCGGUUUUUUCUUAGUCAUCCAGCUUAUAGGCACAUGGUGCAGCGGAUGGGCACUCCUUUUUUGCAACAGGUACUAAAUCAGCAGUUGACCAACCAUAUUCGCGAUGUCCUCCCAGCCCUUCGGGAUAAACUGCAGAAGCAGGUUCUGUUGAUGGAAAAGGACGUUGAGGAGUACAAGAACUUUCGACCGGAUGAUCCCUCUCGAAAAACCAAAGCCAUGCUGCAGAUGAUCCAGAACUUCUCAUCGGAUUUCGAGCGCUCCAUUGAAGGUUCUGGUACCAGCAAUGAUGUCAACACCAUAGAGUUGAGCGGAGGAGCGCGAAUCAACCGAAUCUUUCAUGAGCGCUUUCCUUUCGAGAUGGUUAAGAUCGAGUAUUCCGAGAAAGAGCUCCGCAAGCAUAUCGCUAUUGCCAUCCGCAACAUUCACGGUGUCCGAGUGGGGUUGUUCACUCCUGAUAAAGCUUUCGAAAAUACCGUCAAAGGGCAAAUAGUAAAACUGAAGGAGCCGGCUAUCAAAUGCGUGGAUUUGGUUGUCGUUGAACUUUCUGGUAUUAUUAAAAAAAUAACCGAGAAGUUGGCUCGCUAUCCCCGCCUGCGGGAUGAGAUUGAACGCGUGGUUACUACGCAUAUUCGAGAAAAGGAGCAGCGGACAAAGGAGCAUAUCCAACAGAUGAUUGAAAUCGAAUUGGCGUACAUGAACACCAAUCACGAAGAUUUCAUUGGAUUUACCAAAGCCGCUCAGGGUGCUGCACAGGCUGUGGAAAAGCAGAAACUAGGCAAUCAAGUGAUACGGAAAGGAUUCCUGGCGAUGCAUAAUAUCGGAGGAUCCAUGUUUAGUCGAGCAAGGGACGCUUACUUUGUACUGACCAGUGAAAAUCUGUCGUGGUUCAAAGAUGAAACGGAAGCUGAAAAGAAGUUCAUGCUGCCUUUAGAAGGCCUGAAGAUUCGUGAUAUGGAUAGCGGAUUUAUGUCCUCAAAAAGACAUGCUUUCACUUUGUAUCAUCCGGAAGGGCGAAAUAUUUAUAAGGAAUUCAAACAGCUGGAUUUGUCAUGCGAAAGUCAGGAUGAUGCCGACGGAUGGAAAGCGUCCUUUCUACGGGCUGGUGUUUAUCCGGAUAAAUCCAGUGAAGCUGUCAAAGAGGAAGAGAGCGAUGAAACUUCGAUGGAUCCGCAGUUAGAAAGGCAAGUGGAGACCAUUCGCAAUUUGGUGGAAUCGUAUAUGCGCAUUGUCAGCAAGAACAUUCGUGAUCUGGUGCCGAAGACCAUCAUGUACCUCAUGAUCAACGAGGGUAAAGAGUUUAUAAAGGCUGAACUGAUCGCGUCUAUGUACGCUGCUGGAGAUCAGAAUUCGCUGAUGGAAGAGUCCAUGGAGGAAGCUGUGCGUCGGGAAGAAAUGCUGCGCAUGUAUGAUGCUUGCAAAGAGGCACUACGAAUCAUCGGUGACGUUACCGUGCAGACGGUUUCUACGCCCGUACCUCCGCCCGUGAAUGACGACUGGAUUAGACCCGACGGUCAAGGCGAUGGGCCAAGAGGGCACCCUGCAAUGGCAGCUGGCCGAGGCACCAUCCGGCCGCCUAUGCAACCAUCAGCAGCAGCAGCAGUCAAUCCAAAUCGUUCGGCGCCUGCUCCGCCCCCUAUGGGGUCAGCCAGUAGCCCAAUGCUGGCUAAUGGUCCGCGAAUUCCGGCGCGGCCAUCACCUAGCAUGAACGAUUUAUCCAACGGGACAAUGAACGGAGCAUGGGGCGGAGCACCCAACGGGACAGGUGGUCUUCCGCCGCCCCUGAUCCCCAAUCGGCCCGGUCAGCAGCCUAUGAACGUCAGCAACCCAAAUGUUCCUCCUCGGAUACCAGACCGCCCCAUGGUUCCCACCAAGCCCAGAUAAUUGUGAACUGCAGAAAGUGAGUGAUGUGCGUUUUCGAUUAAGAGAUCAGCAUUGCUGUCAGCUAACUGUUUUCGGCCCGGUGCUUGGCUCUUCCACUUCUACAAUUUCAUGCCCGUGUUUUACUUUUAUUGAUAGUUGUAGGUUUUAUUGUUGUAUGUUAGGUAUUUGGCAAAGUAAUUUUUAUUCCAAUUUUGUCGUUACACGCGCCAUUCACAAGUACUGUAGCCGAUGCUGUCACUUCGGGCUUUUGGAUGUAAUUUGGUUAAAAUUUAUGGGUUCUACAUUCGGCUCGUAUUUGAUUUUCUGAUUAUAUUUAAAUGUUUAUCUGUUUAUUUUGUACUAAGUGCUCAAAUAAAUUAAUCGUUUUUUUAAA